CUCACACAGCUAGAAAGUCUCUUGGAUUAGAAGAACUGCGCUUGGAUCUAACAAACUCUUGGGAAGAGAAUAAGCAGUCCCAGCUACAUGAUGAUGCUGGACUCAGUAAACCACAGUACUUUCCUGCAAAAUCCAAUGCUUUGUGAAUCCUUGAUGUCUUGGUCAGAACUCUUUGGACCAGCUGAAGAAAACUACUUCCCAUUUGAUCACCAAGCAGGCUGUGAUUCUUCCUGGACAUCCACUCACCCAGAGUACUGGACAAGACACAAUGUCUGUGAAUGGCUGCAGUUUUGUUGUGAUCAGUACAAACUGGAUGCCAACUGUAUUUCCUUUUCGCACUUUAACAUAAAUGGCCAACAGCUAUGCAGCAUGACUCAAGAGGAGUUUUUAAAUGCAGCAGGCAUUUGCGGCGAAUAUCUGUAUUUUAUCCUACAGAAAAUCAAGACUCAUGGUAUCUCCUUCUUUCAUGAUAAUGAAGAAACAAAAUCAUCUGACAAGCAUUAUGACGAUAAGGCAUGUUUAAGAACAGGUGGUGUUAAGAAUCAAGAAUUUCAGAGUCACAGUAGAACAAGCCUACAGAGCUCUCACUUAUGGGAAUUCGUAAGAGAUCUCCUCCUGUCUCCUGAGGAGAACAGUGGUAUCCUUGAAUGGGAAGACAGGGACCAAGGAAUCUUUCGAGUUGUUAAAUCAGAUGCUCUGGCAAAGAUGUGGGGACAGAGAAAGAAAAAUGAUAGAAUGACUUAUGAAAAACUAAGCAGAGCACUUCGGUACUAUUAUAAAACUGGGAUUUUGGAACGAGUGGACAGGAGAUUAGUGUACAAAUUUGGAAAAAAUGCACAUGGCUGGCAAGACAGCAAGUUAUGAAAGAUCUCCAUGCUUCAGACUGACAUUAUCCCAUAAGCAACAUGAAGACUUCACAGUAAAGGGAUGUUCACACUGCAGCCCUUCCUCAGAAUAAGAGGGUGUCAUCUGUUCCAAAUAACAGGAUAAAGUAACAGUGAUAGACUUCCUGAACUGGGAGGGUUCAUUGUCAUCCAUGGUUUUUGAACCAGCAACAUCACCUGCAUAGCACUUCAGAAAAUAAUUCCCCUAAUCUAUUCCAAUGACCUCUCCGAUUUUCAUAUUAUGUUUGUAGGAGCCCUCUCCAUAGCAAGAACUGUGACAGUUCCAUUUGGAAAAGCAAUUUCUUGAUCACUGGAGCCAUGUACAUUGUACCCUUUGGAAUGAGUGUAUAUCACGUGUGUUGUAUCCCAGGUGUAUCACAGCAUUGUCCUGUAGACAAUACUGGAGGGGUCAUUCAUGAAGUAUCAUUAGUGUCCCUUUUCACAUUUCCAAACAUAGGUUUUCUUAUCUGCUCUGUCAGUGGCAGAUCAAAAGUUGCUUCACACUACUGUGUUUGCCCACAGUUAUGUUGAUGUUCUAUCAAUGUUUUCCACAAUGUUUUCCAUGUUCUGUCAAUGUAAGCAAAGGCCAGAUAAGGCAGCACAGACAGUAGACAUACUCCAGUGGCACAAGGCCAAUCAGGGCUGCCCAGCACAUGUCCCCAACCAUUUAAGAGUCCCAGCUUCCUUUUACUUUUCACAUUUGGUGAGGGAGAAAAUAAAAUAACACUGGGGGUUGGACUAGAUGACCCUGGAGUUUCUUCCAACCCUAUGAUUCUAUGAUUGAUAUAGCUUCUGCAACCACAAUUGGUUCAUGAGUGAUUGUAUUCCCUCUCUUAGUUCCCAUUUCCAAAUGCAUGCAUGAAAAUACCACAUUAACAGUAUAAUCCUAAACAGAGUUAUUCCAAUCUAAGCCCGUUGAAAUCUGGAGUAGAAAUCUGUUUAGGUUUACACUGAGAGUUUCAAAGGUGCAUAUGAAUGAACAAAUGUUUCAAAAUGGGCCUUUCAUUUUUAAAAGUUUUAUAAUCAACUGUUUAUCUUUCAAGGGAAUGAUUUUUUCACUAUAUGCACUUUAGUGCAAGUCUUUGUUACUUGUUUGUACUUUGUUAGUUGAUUAUAGUAAGUCAGAUGGCAUUAAUCCUGUCCCACAUUCAGUGUGAUGGAGGGGAGUAUAUUAUAUAUUGCCUUGAGCCUAGGAAAGGUGGUACAUAAAUAUUUUAAAUAAAUUAUAUGAACAAUAAAGCAAGGAUUUAUUUAACAUAUACACAUAUGCAAGCUAGAACUUAAUACUUGAAAC